CCUCGCUGAGCUCCCUGAUAGGCUUAUGUCCUCCCAGCUAAGCCAAUCCAUCGCAGCUGCUAAGCCGAUGGAGAGGAAAAAGACACCUUCUCAUUUCCUGAACGCCCCAGCUGAUCGUCCUACCUCCUGUCUGACAGUUGCCAUAACCUAAUGAUUGUGCACCAGUUCACCAGUAGAGCUCGGCUGUUUGCCCACCUGAGGAAGCCCGGGGUCAGGCAAGCCAUGGCCAGACCCAGCUCAGACCUGGCAGCGUUCAGGGAGAUUUUCUCCAAAUCCAAGAAUAUCGCAAUCAUCACUGGAGCGGGGGUGAGCGCAGAGAGCGGAGUUCCCACUUUCAGAGGAGCGGGAGGCUACUGGAGAAAAUGGGAAGCACAGGAACUUGCCACACCUGAGGCCUUUGCUAGGAAUCCCUCCCGUGUUUGGGAGUUUUACCACUACCGGCGUGAGGUCAUGCUCACCAAAAAUCCCAACCCUGCUCACCUGGCCAUCGCUGAGUGUGAGGAACGUCUGAGCAAACAAGGGCGCAAGGUCACUGUCAUCACGCAGAACAUCGACGAGCUCCACCGCCGAGCCGGAUCCAAAAACAUCCUGGAGAUCCACGGAAGUCUGUUUAAAACACGCUGCAUGACCUGCAGCCACGAAGCGGCCAACUACAAGAGCCCCAUUUGUGCUGCCCUGGAGGGCAAAGGAGCUCCAGACCCAAAUACACAAGAUGCCGAGAUCCCAGUCCAGCAUUUGCCCAGGUGUGAGCAGACAGGCUGUCAUGGUCUCCUGAGACCAGCUGUGGUUUGGUUUGGAGAGACUCUGGAUGCUGACAUCCUCACCCGUGCAGAGAAAGUGUUAGACAGCUGUGACCUCUGCCUUGUGGUUGGUACAUCAUCGGUCGUGUAUCCAGCAGCCAUGUUUGCUCCUCAGGUUGCAGUCAGAGGUGUCCCUGUGGCUGAGUUCAACAUGGAAAACACGCCGGCCACCAUGCGCUUCAAGUUCCACUUCCACGGCCCCUGUGGGACCACUUUACCCCCCGCACUGGCACGCCACGAGACUGAACAAGCCUAAAAGGGAGUCCCGUUUGUCGGCUUCGCAGAGACCAGGCUGUCUUAACGUGGAGACAUUUACUGUUACAAAUACCAAGAAAAAUGGCUACUGUGUGAUGAGCAACCGGUGUGAAGGAUGUGACCAGCAAAAUUAUCUAUCACACAGAUAAAACAUUCAAGAGUAUGAUUAUAUGAUCAAUAUGUGCACAUAACUGUAAGAGUUUGCUGAUGGAGUGGCUACUAGAUUUUUUUUUUUUUUUUUUAAAUUGGACUAUUAUGAGUAACUGAUUUAAUUGCCUUCGUGUGGCAGCAGAUAUUGCUCUAAUGCCAAAUCACACCUCUUUGUUGUAAACAUAGAAUUGUGAAUUUGUGUUGUUUUAUAAAAGUGAUAUGCUGGAAAUGAAAGUAAAGACAAUGGAAAGCAAUGAUAAUUGAUUGAAUAUCAUAGCCAACUUCAUCACUCUUUUGGCAGCGACAGCUUUUUGAUUGGCUGACAGUAGGGGGCAGUGUUUAGCUACCUCUGGCAGCCUCUCUGCUGUUUUCCAAUGUUGAAAAAAUUUACUCCUUCCAAAGGAUGUUUGAGCUCUGGCUGGGAUAUGUGGUGUUUGUGUAUGCCGAUGCAGUGUGACUUUACAGACUGUGAGGAAUGCUGUGCACAAUGCCUUUCAGUGGCUUUGAGUGUGCGCCUGUUAACGCCAGAACAACAGGGACUGUGCCGUCUCUCAGUCAGUCAUGAGAACAGGUUUUCCGUGUGAGGCCUCAUAAAGUAUUUGUCACAUGUAUGUUAAUAUUUUGACACUAACAGCGUAUGGGAAUUUAAGUCCAUUAAAAUAAAUGGAUUCUCAUAAAUCGAA